GUUUCCGGUUUCAACAUUUGACUUACGUGCGGUCGCCUAUAGAUUAAUAUAUACUGUAUCAAGUAAACUGGGAAAUUUCUCGUGAUCAUGUUGCAGUCAACGUAAAUAAAACUACAUUUCUUGUCUAGUGUGGCAUCCUAACGCCCUUCCUAAAAAGUGUUGUUAUUCACUCAAGCUAGCUGUCCAGCUAAUAACCUUAGGUAGCACUCGGUGAUCAUGGCAGGACUAUAUCGAGCCCUCAAAACAUCUACUUCCUCCAUGAUAAAGACUCUGACACAAGCAACAUCAUGUCCAGUAUAUGGAUCAUGCCGUACUAAAUUCACGAGGAGCCGCAUCCCUCCCCAGGUGUUUGAGGAGCGAGCAAAGGAACAUGACAAGUAUGGUGGAGAUCCAGAGCAUCCUCAUAAAUUGCAUAUAGUGACACGGGUUAAAAGUACUAUAAGACGACCCUAUUGGGAAAAGAAGGUUGUGAAGAGUUUGGGCCUCCUGAAGGCACAUGAACCCCGUGUCCACAAGAACAUCCCCUCUGUUAACAGUCAACUGAAAAUGAUCAAGCAUCUUGUAAAAAUUCAGCCCCUUAAGCUGCCUUAUGGACUACCUGCCGAGGAGGAUUUAGCCAACACAUAUUUGAAUAGCAGAGGAGAGCUGGUAGUAGAACGUCUCCUCAAACCACUUGAACAGAAAGCCCUAGAGUCAUAGAAUUUGUUUUGGCCUUAUGUUGUUGUUUGCUGUUUUGCUAUUUGUUUAAUAAAGGUUGCAAAUUAACAAA